CUGACAUCUCAGGAGUACGCUGGACCAGAUCCCAUGUAUGAUUUGCCUCUAAAGCAUCUACCUCUUCCACCAUCGUUGCAUCCCAUUCAGGAAUACCGCAUGCCUGUCUGCAAUUAGCCAGUAUAAAAAUAGGCUCUGCCGAGUAUCCGAUAAAGUCACUAUGAUGCAAAGGGGGGUUUCCCUUUGGUGAGUCGAGUAGAGCGCCUAAGCUGCUGCUGGUGGUGCGCAUCAUGCGCGACCACCUCAGCAUCUCCAUCAGACUCAUCGUGUAUCGAGGAGGAAGCCAUGGAAGAAGAAAGGAAACCAAUGUCUCUCGAAACAAGGUCAUGAAGUUGUUGGAUGUAGGGAAUAACUGGCUGACUAACCAACAUGAUUUGCAACAUCAUUGUGUCUCUUUCUACAUGGAUUUGUUCAAAAAAAAGAGAAGAAAGUGUGGAUAUGAGAUCCUAUCAAGACAUUCCAUGUGUUGUGAAUGAGGAGAUGAAUCAGGCUCUUUGCCAACCUAUUGAGGACGAGGAGAUUAGAAGGGCUGUCUUUGAGUUGGGAUCUGGUAAGUCCCCUGGGCCGAAUGGUUUUCCCGGUCUUUUUUACAGGACCUAGAGAGCAACUUUGUGGGGAAAUUAAAACUUUCUUCUCACAAAGGUCAAUGCCUGAAGGAUGUAACGAUACUCACUUGGUGCUAACACCGAAGAUCUUGAAUCCGGAGAGUAUCCCAAUUCAGGCCUAUUAGUUGUUGCAACUUCCGGUACAAGGUGAUAUCCAAAAUCAUGACAACAAGACUUAAUGUUUUGAUCCCUCAAAUGGUUGAUGAGAUGCAAACGACUUUUAGUGGAGGGAGAGCUAUUCAGGAUAACAUCAUCAUUGUCCAUGAGGUCAUGCACCAUUUCAAGACUCGCCCAAAAGGCGGGAAGUGGGAAAUGAUGAUUAAGCUGGAUAUGAAGAAGGCCUACGAUAUGGUUGAGUGGGAAUGUCUGGAGAGUAUCCUUAGAGCUAUGAUUUUUGCACAUUAAUGGUGUCUUUGGAUCAAAGAGUGCAGUGAGACUGUGCGGUUUUCGGUCUUGUUCAAUGGUCAACCCUCAGAGUUCUUUCAGCCGUCCACAGGCAUCUGUCAGGGAGACCCACUCUCUCCAUUGCUUUUCAUUCUCCUUACUAAUGCGCUUUCUUUUCUCAUUUCCAAGAGUGUUCAGGAAGGUACUUUUCAAGGCAUUUCUCUUAACCCAAAUUGUCCUAGACUUACCCAUGUGCUUUUUGCAGAUGACACAAUUCUGUUUGGGAAAGUAUCUCGGGCAGAGGCUAUGCAUAUUAAAAAAACAAUGGAGACUUAUGGCAAAAUGACGGGUCAGGAGAUCAAUUGUGAAAAAUCGGCCCUCACUUUCAGUCACAACACCCCUGAUACUAUCAAGAAGAUCAUCGCUCAAUGUUUGGGUAUCCCUCUUGAAAAGGGUUUGGGAAAAUACCUGGGGGUCCCUACCGAAUGGAGCAGAUCAAAGAAAGAAGUCUUCUCGGUUCUUGUGAGCAGAAUGGAAAAGCUUUGUCAAGCUUGGAAGGGUCUUGCUCUAUCUCAAGCAGGAAAGGAAACAAUGUUGAAAUCAGUCUUUCAGGGUUACCCCACAUAUAUUAUGUCCUGCUUCCUCCUUCCAAAAGGGACGACUAAGAAGAUGAAUUCACGCCUCAAUGCUUUCUUCUGGGGAGGGGACAUGGAAAAGAAGGCAAUCCCAUGGAGAAAAGGGAGCGUUUUAACGGCUCCUAAGCAGGAAGGAGGUAUGGGGUUUAAGGACUUCCAUCAAUUCAAUAUGGCCCUAUUGGUGAAACAAGGAUGGAAAAUUCUUAAUGGGAAGGAAGAGACAUGGAUCAAGCUUCUUAAGGGUCUCUAUUUUCCUUAUGGUGAUUUUAUGGAGGCUGAGAAAGGUAGGAGAAUCCCAAUUGGCACGGAUUCUUCUGAUGAUGACUGGGUUUGGCAUUUUUAGAGAUCAGGGUUGUUUUCAGUGAAAUCAGCUUACCAUAUUUUCAGGGAGUCAGAAAGAGAUCGGCUGGGGACCCCAAAUCCGAAUCAUCCUAACUGCACCUCAAAAGCUUGGAAAUGGCUUUGGAGUCUUUUUUUGCCUCCAAAGAUCCUCUCUUUUCUGUGGAGGAUAUCGAGGAAUGCGAUUGAUACGAAGGGGAAUCUAUGGCAUAGAAAAUGUAGUUCAUCCCCGCUUUACGAUGUCUGUGAAGGGGAUGUGGAGGAUGUGUGGCACUGCUUCUUCCGGUGUCCUCACGCUGCUAGAGUUUGGCAGAUCCUUCAGCCUUCGCUCUCUUUGCCCCAGGACCAGCCGCAUGUUGUUAUGUGGUUGUUGUCUAUCUGUGUUGGUUCCCCUACGGUCUCUAUACCUGGGGUCGUGGCUUGCCUUUGGGCAAUCUGGUUGGCCCGGAACGAGAGAGUCUUCAAAGGUGUCAUCCCCCGUCCUACAGUGACUUCAGCAAAUGCAGUUAGAGAUUUCUCUUUCUGGACGACUCCCUUUCAGCUUCCUACCCCCCCCCCCCCCCCCCCCCCCCCCCCCCCCCCCCGGUGUCCAAGCCCAACACCUCUCUAACCAUAACACACUUCGCCCACCGCCUAGUUCUUCCUAGUGGGAAAUUCACGGUGAUGGAUCUUUUAGAUCGGAAUCACAGGUGGUGGCUUAUGGGGACAUCAUUAAGAACUCCCAUGGGCAAGUUGUGGAUGGUUGUGUUGGCACUUUCUUCUGUUCAUCAGCGAUAGUUGCGGAAGCAAAAGCUCUAUUGACGGCGGUGAGAGCAGCAGUCUCCCUCCACGGUUCAGCCUCUAUCUUCUCGGACUGCAAGGUGCUUGUGGAUAUCAUUCAAGAUCAGCAUAAAGUAGGUCCUUGGCAAGUGAGAGCUUGGAUUCAGUGGAUACGCAAUCUGCUCAGAGUGAAAGUCGGAUUAUCUAUCUGCUUUACCCCAAGAUCUUGUAACAGAAGUGCAGAUUGGGUGGCAAAAGAAGCGGCAAACGGAUCUCUCCCCCAAGAUUGGAUCCAAGUGUUUAAUAUUAUUGAUCCGAUGUUAUAAUGUGGCUUUGCUUGUACUUUUUCGUUGAUGAAAUGGAAAUCACAUAUUGUAAAAAAG